AUGUUUGUUGCGGCAACGGUGACAGAAUCUGGGCAAAAACAAAUAAAAUCAAGCCUAUUGAUGAAAGACUGUCAUAUAGCUGGUGCAAGUCCGGCAAAAGACAACAUUGUGCUAAUUGUAAGGAAGCGUCCAAGUCCGAAUGCUAAAGGAAAUAUAGCAAGCCCACCAUAUGACUUCAUUUUUCAACGUGCCAUCUCAGACCUUAACAAUCAACUGGAUAGUUAUCCACUCACAGUUAUUUAUUGCAAGUCCAUGCAGUGGAUAGGAUAUGGAUACGAAAUGGCUCGACAACUUCUUGGAGACAACUUCUAUGCAGGUGAAAAAACUCCACAGAAUGCAAGAGUGGUGAUGUUUCAUUCAUCUAUGGAGAAGGGAUCUAUAAUAUUAAAAUUAAAUCUGAAAAAAUCGAUUCACUCAAGUUUGCAAAAACCAGAAGAAGAUUGUUCAAUCAGGCUCAUUAUUUCUUCAGUGGCACUAGGAAUAGGAGCAGACUUAACACAUGUCAAACGUGUUAUACAUGCAGGCCCACCGACUACUAUGGAAACCUAUGUGCAGGAGAUUGGAAGAUCUGGGAGGGCCGGCACUUCUGCUCAAGCAAUCCUCUAUUAUAAUAAUACUGAUUUAGCUGUUCAACAAAUGCGAAAGGAAAUGAAGGACUACUGCCAGGGUGAUACAUGUCAUAGAGAGCUAAUCAAUGAGUACUUUGGAUUCAAGACAAUCAAUAAACCAACCGAGUGCUGCAGCAAGUGUCAACCUGAGCUGGGUCUGGAAUGGGACUUCGAUAAUCUAUCAAUCUAAUAAGGUCACUCAGAAGGAAGCUAGAUGAGGGGAUUUGCCGAAGGUCAUGCUGGGGUUGUUCAUGUUAAAGAUCUGGAAAUGAUACAUUCUGCAGAAUUGCUGCUGAUCCAAACCAGUGCUGCAUGUGGCCCACUUUUCUAAUACUCUUUCUUGCCUGAUCUACACCCAUAUGAAAGUUGACAUUGUCACCAAGGAUGCGAAACUUUUUGCCAUCUUUGAUGGCAUUGAUGAGUUCCUCGUUAAAACUGCCUGAAAUGGCUGACAUUGCCCCUAGCAUGCCCUGAUGACUUAAUGAAACACCAAUGGGUUGAAGUCGAUCAUAUAGACCUGAAAAGAGUAAAAUUUCCAUUCUUGAAUACAAAAUAUGUUGUAACAAUAGAGGUUAAUAUGCUGUUUUCAGAAGAUUUUGAGUUUUAUUAUAUAAAAGCUAUUGAUA